CGCGACGCCACGUGACUCUCGAAUGGAGCGGACUCGUCACAGCUGACGAGCUCGCUCGGAAAAAGAAUGACAGUGACGAGAGAGAGAGAGAAGGAGAUAGGCGUCGUGACACGUUUCAUGUGCCAAUUAUCAUGUCAAACUACACCCGGCUCGAAACCUCAUAAACCUCAUUGCGUGUCUACUUUUUUCAAGCGUGUAAUUUUUUGUACAAUAGCAAAGUUGUAAUACACCGCGAACCACAUACGGUGGUGUGACAAUUACUUCGAUAUUCGGUAAUCUUUUCGAUGUACACGUUGCGAACGAAUUCGCGGAAAAAGAUAUAAGGAUUUAAAUACUGGUCACAGUUACACGUGGACAAUUCUGAUUGUUCCAGACUCUUUCGACUGUCUCAGGAGAUAUGAAAACGAAUGACACGACUUCUAGUCUGAUUAAUGUUAUUAAUAUUGUUGCUAACUUUGAUGCGUUAAAGUAAGAAUAGAAUUUGUUGUGAUCCUGUGGAUGUGGUGUGUGGUUGAAGUUAAGUUGAAUGCGGAUCAAAAUGUUGUGCAACACCAUCUUAUUGGUCGGACUGGUAUUUAAAUUACUGUUUCUAUUUUGCUUCGUACCGUACGUAUUGAUAAGAUGGAGACAGAACAACUUAUCGAAGCGCAAAUUGCGACAACAGUCCAAGAAAGAGACGGUCGUUGGAAUCUUUCAUCCCUAUUGCAACGCGGGAGGUGGCGGUGAAAGAGUGCUUUGGGCUGCGGUUCAAGCUAUACAAAACAAAUAUCCCGAUGUGCAUAUAGCUAUAUACACUGGCGAUCUUGAUGCGGAUCCUGAGAAGAUGUUGAACAAAGUCGAAAGAGUGUUCAAUGUCAAGUUACGUCCGAACAUUGAAUUCGUUUACUUGCACAAUCGGAAAUGGGUCGAGGCUUCCAAGUAUCCUUAUUUCACGCUUCUGGGACAAAGUCUGGGAUCCGUCUGGUUGGGUAUGGAAGCACUGCGCUUGCUUGUGCCAGACAUAUACAUCGACACAAUGGGUUACGCGUUCACGUAUCCUCUGUUUAAAUACAUCGGUGGCUGCCGAGUGGCGUCGUACACGCAUUAUCCCACCAUUUCGAUAGACAUGUUGAAGUACGUCUACAAAAGAGUUGCCGCGCACAACAAUCGAAGAUUCAUUGCUAGAAAUCCGUUUUUCACUAUGGGGAAGAUCAUUUACUACAAAAUAUUCGCACGAUUGUACGGACUGGUUGGUAGUUGCGCCGAGAUCGUGAUGGUGAAUUCUUCAUGGACCGAGGACCAUAUCAAUUUCAUUUGGAAGUGCCCAAUGAAAACACAUCGAGUUUAUCCUCCCUGUGAUGUGGAUCAUUUGAUCUCGUUGCCGCUCCUAAGCGACAAGGAAAAAGGCGACGUGAUACGCAUAGUGGCGGUCGCGCAGUUCAGACCGGAGAAGAAUCAUCCCCUUAUGAUGAGAUCGAUGUUCGAACUGAGAUCGAUUUUAAAGGAAGAAGUCUGGGAAAAAGUCAGAUUAGUCUGCAUUGGUUCUUGCCGAAACGAGGAGGACGAAGAACGCGUGAAAGAUAUGCAAGAUUUGGCCAAGCACUUGGCUUUAGAUGAGAACGUCGAGUUCAAACUGAACAUACCGUAUUCCGAACUCGGGUCGGAACUGCAGAAAGGAACUAUCGGUCUACACACAAUGUGGAAUGAGCACUUCGGUAUCAGUAUUGUGGAAAGCAUGGCCGCGGGAUUGAUUAUGGUAGCUCAUAAUUCCGGUGGACCGAGAGCGGACAUCAUAGAAACGCAAGCGAACAGUACGACCGGUUUUUUAGCGGACACUGAACAGAAAUAUGCCAAACUAUUGGCAUUCAUCAUAAACAUGAGCCAGCACGAACGGGACUCUAUCAGACUUGCUGCGAGAUCGUCUGUAAAUCGUUUCUCAAGCCAAGUCUUCGAAAAGGAAUUUCUACGAACGAUCGAGCCCUUCUUCAGAGCAAAACAGGAAUGAAUCCAUUUUUCAGUUUCGCUCUUUCGUCAAUCAAGUACAUGUGUAUGUGAGUUACAAAUCAUUCAUUUCAAAUUGGUAUGUUCUUUCAGUGUACGAUACAUAUCAUAUAUAACAUUUAUGUGUGUAUAUUAUAUAUUGUGUGUAUAUAUUUAAAAAAAAGUGAGUGCUUUUAUAACAUAAAAACUUGGUAUUUAGCGGCAAACGCGAA